UUAGGUUUUUGAAUUUUGACAGGUGAACCUCAAAACUUUUUAUCGUUCUGAAAAAAAUUUCAAAAAUGUGGUGGGGGUUUAGUCCACCUCUGGACUUACAAGUGGAAGUGCAAGACGAGUCGGAUUCUUUGGAAUUUUUAAUUGUGGGUCAAGCAGAUGCGCGACAUUUAGUAAAAACAAUUUCUUCUUCCUACAAACAUCCAAAAAGGAAAUUAAAAUUUCAUGUCGUCGAACCCAUUUUGGAACAAGUCAGCAGAUCGAUUCUUUUACUCAGCACGUGUUUGGAAAAAGAUUUAGGAUUGCAGGAGGCGACACGUUAUUAUUUAGAAAUUUUAGGAAAUACACUUUUGAGACCAGCGACUGCAAAAUUUGUGGCUCAAAGGGCCAAACGAUUGGCUGAUAUUGCAACAAAGAGUAUCGAAUGCCCUUGGCUAAAUUUGGAAUUACUUAAACAUAAGGAGAGAGAUCGAAUUGAAUCGAUUUUUAACUUUUGGGAACGAGCGAUUUGUGAGGGCAUCCCAAUUACUGAAUACUGGGAUCGAAGGAUUAGAAAAUCAUUGGAAACUCGUUAUGAUUAUCGAGAAGGUGUCUACGAUUGGGAUUAUCAUAUGGUCCUUAAAACCAGAAAUGCUCCCAAUUUAACUCAACAAGAAUACAGAUUCUGGAGAGAAAAUGGAAUCGCAUUUACUUGGAUAGAGGGAGAACCGAUUAGAAGUAAUCCAACUUUAAUAAGCAACAUAAUUCCAGAAGGAAAAGGAUUCAUUCAUUAUGCUUAUUUAGGGGAUAUAACAAGUGGUCCUUUCUUCACAUGGUCCUUAGACGAAGAUUGCAAAAACAAAAAAAUGAGAUCAACUGACGUGGCUGAAAGAGAAGUGAUGAGAGCCAUUUUCGAAAUUAGAAAUAAUGAACCAAUGUGUGAAGAAACUUAUGCAGCACAUAGGGAUACUUCAAUUAUAAAUGGCACAAUUGUGAUAGAAAUGCCUUCCAGUGAAAUUGAGCGAGAAUCCUGGACUGGAGAUAAAUUUAGAAGACACAAAGUCGAUUUAAAUUGGGUCGAUACUCCGGAAAUUGAAAUUAUCUUUCAUCCAAUUGCGAAUUUGGAACGCUACAAAGAAAAGGAUCAAUAUCUUGAAAAAUUUUCUUUAAUUUUUCUCUCUAACAAUAUGACGAAACAGAUUCCGAAUCUCGUUCCCUUAUUAAAAAAGGAAUCACCCUUUCUCGUCGAAUCUCGAAAAUUUUUGACGCAUCUUAGAAAAACUAACCUGGAAGAAUAUUCUGCAGAGUUGAAAAAUAUCGCUAAGGAAAAUGGUCUUAGAAACUUGAACGAUUUUGAUUCUGAGAAACAGACAAUUGCUCGAUUUUGUAAAACUUGAGACUUUAGAUUUGAGAUUUUAAUUUUUAAUUGUGGAGAUUAAACUUGAAAAUGUAAUGCAUCCAAGUUUCAUUAAAUCUUUAAGAUUGCUUGGAAUGUGCUUAUAAUAAUUAUCGCUUAAUCAUGAUUUGUGGAAAAAACAUUGAAUAUUGAAUGUAAUUUUCUGGCUUAAAAGGGGUUAACUGAAAAAGUAAGCAGUUUGAAAUCUGGAAAUUCUAAACUUUUUUAUUUGCAAGCCA